AAAGAGAUGAUCUUGUGUAACGGAUGGUUUCACCAAUGAAAAAUCUCACAGCUGAUGUGCAAAAAUUUAACAGGACAAAAACUAUAAACCCUACACCACAUAUAAGGGGUUCAGUUAUAUGUGAUCACACUCGGUUUCUUAAUCGAGAUUUGCCUCUUAACCUUGUUUCUUACAGCAUAGUAACGUCAUGGAAUCCGUACAAAAAGAAAAAGAAAAAAAAGACAAGUCACAAAAACUCCGUGCACUGGUGAGAAAAUGUUGCUCUCUUUUAAUCAUCUUGUUGUUUACUUGAUUCCUAAAAUAUGAGAUUCGGUUCAUUAAGUGCGGAAUUAGAUGCCAUUACGAGAGAGUUUGAUUACGGCAUCGUUCCUGGAUCAGCCACUGUGUUUGUCAAGGAUGAGGUGAACUGCAUUGGACGCCUGGAUCUGACGUUAUUAGAAGGUGUCAUGAUUGUCUUGGAGGUAACUGAUCAAGGCUACAAGGUUACAUCUUGCUCUCCACUUUGCAAUGUGGAUCCCGCACUGUCAACAGCACAAACAGUGCAAGCGCAUUUAGAAGCUCCUUUCGAAAGCAUGGAAAACUUACUAAUGACCAUUUCUCCCAUGUUUCGUGCUCGUUUUCAACAAGCUCUUUAUGACAAACUCCAAAGUGUGCAAGCACAGCAACAAUUGGAUACACCCUUGUUUGACACAACUGCCAGCAAUGACCAUAAUCCCUUUGAUGAACUAAACCAUUGGAUGAAUUAACUUGUAAUAAAAAUAAAGAAAGGCAGUGUAUAUAUAUUUGUAUAAAA